CACGGCACACGCAUACAGCGCAACAAUAACAUCGGGCCCCAAAAAAAGGGAAAAAAAGACGACGGACAAAAACUUCGUCGUGAAUUGUAAAAUACAAAAAAAAAUCGCAUUCGAACGCACUGGUUUGUUUUUUUUCACGUGUAACUACGCCAAAAAAAGGGCAAAGGAAUUAAGCAAAAAAAAGAAGCAGAACUUCGCAGCAGCAACAACAACAGCGCCGCAUAUUUGCUUGUAUGUGCAAGUGCAAGGCAAACAUAAACAACGCGCGUGUGUGUGUGUACCACGAAAAUAUCGUAUAAAUCAAAUUUCUAUAUCAUUUUCAUAGUUUUUUUUUGUUUUUGCCAUCAUAAUAUGCCAUAAAGCGAUCACCGAAAUCCAAAGGCAAAUCAAACUCAAAAAAGUUAGUUUCAAAUACAACCACACAUCGUUUGGAUCGUGUUCACAAACUUAUAGUAGGAAGGAAAAGGAAAAAGAUAGAAAAAAACGAACCAAAUAAUAAUAAACGAAAAACAAAAACGGUGCUGAAUGUUAACCGGUAAAGAUAGCGGUAAAUUGCGAGGGAGAAGGACGACAACAACAACAACAACAACGACCGCAGAGGGGGCAAAAGUCAGCAACAAAGUGCAUCCUCCUUCUCCUGCUCCCCAUCCUCUUCCUUAUUUACUGUUAUAAUGGACACCAUCUGUAGAUUGUGCUUCCAAACGGCAACGUUGUUCCAGGUGCCCGGCUAUAGCAUACCCACGUGCGUCCGCUGCUCGGAGCAGUUGACAAAUAAUUCCAACUUCCAUCAGUCGGCGGCGGCCGCUGCAGCCGUCGCUGCCUCUGCCUCGGCCGCAGUUGCCGCCUCCGCAGCAGCGGCAGCUACCUCCUCGUCGACGGCCUCCUCCAGUGACAGCGACGCCAUCGCGCAGCAGCAGCAGCACCAGAAUCCGCAGCAGCAGCAGCAUCAGAACUCGCAACAGCAACAACAACAACAACAGCAGCAGCAAAUGCAAUCAUCCAGUUCUUCCGAGAACCUACAGUCGCAGGACGACUCCGAAGACGUGGAUCUGAUAUUCAACGAGGAGGGCUCCUGCCCGCUAUGCAACAAAACUUUCUCGCGCAAAUCCUCGCUCAUGACGCACAUACGAAAUCACUCGGCGGAGCGUAAGUUUGUGUGCACCUACUGCCAAAAAGGCUUCACACAGGCGGCCAACUUGCGGAACCACGAACGCAUCCACACGAACGAUCGGCCAUACCAGUGCGUGGACUGCGGCAAGACCUUCACGCAGAUCACCAAUCUGAACAAUCACCGCCGGCUGCACACCGGCGAACGGCCCUUCGUCUGCAAUGAACCGGAGUGCGGGCGCAGCUUCGCCCAGGUGACGAACCUGAACAACCACAUGAAGUCGCACCACAAGGUGCAGCAGUACUGCUGCAACGUGUGCAACAAGAAGUUCACGCAGGUGACCUCGCUGAACCAGCACCUGCAGGCGCACGCCGGGGUCACCGGCUACUACUGUCCGCGUUGUCCGGAGAAGAACUUCAAGCUGCAGUCGCAGCUGCACACGCACAUGAAGACCCACGGCCUGGCCUUUCCGUACGAGUGCGACAAGUGCGACGAGAAGUUCCUGCAGCAGGCCCAUCUCGACCAGCACCUCAAGAUGCACGACGAGUUCAAGUUCAAGUGCGACAUCUGCCCGAGCAGCUUCAAUCAGGAGUCGCUGCUGAAGAAGCACGUGCAGCGCCAUGUCGAGGGUCGCUACCUCUCCUGUCCGGUGGCCAACUGUGCCGAGUCCUUUGCGGUGCGCCAGCACCUCUCCAAGCACCUGCUCACCAACCACGCCCACCACGAGCUGCCGCCUCCGAAGCGAUCCAAGAAGGCGGGCACGCUACAGACGUCGCAACAGCCGCUGGCGAUGAUCGGCCAGCCGUUGUCCCUGCAGCACACGACAGGGCAACGUGGACGUCCGCCGAAGAACAAGAACAAGGCGACAACGCUGGCCGCCACGGCCAUCAAGAUCGAGAUCAACGAAUCGCUCCACAGCCAGCAUAUCAGCAAUGUCAGCGGCCUGUCCAUCCAACAGCAGAUCAACCAGCACAUGCAGCAGCAGGCGGCACAGCAGCAGGCGCAGCAGCAGGCGGCACAGCAGCAGGCGCAGCAGCAGGCGGCGCAACAGCAGCAGCAGGCGGCGCAGCAGCAGCAACUGCUGCACUUGCCGAUGGGACAGGCGGUCAAGGCGCGUUUCAUACCCACUAAGUAGGCUAGUUAAGGAUGGAAAGAAGGUCUCUUUUAGCUUAAGCCCCGAACGAUCAGCUGCUAAAGUCCCUGAUUAGCAUAGCCAUAGCCAAAGUAGCAUCACAUUCAGCACAUACACACGCAAAAUAUGAUAGAUAUGGCGCGGAUGUUUUGGAGAUCUCUGCAGAUCUCGAAAUACUUUUGGGUGUCUGAAGUUGAUGAAGCAGUCAUCCUUUUUAUACGCGUUACCCGUGGAGUAAAGCGUAUGCUGGAUUGGUGAAAAGGUAGGAGUAGGAAGCGUUUCCGUCCGUGACUUCUGAAUCAGAAUGACCUAGACAUGAUCUCGCGCCUAGCUUGUCCUACUUUCACAUCAACUUUUUGGGUAUCAGAACCCACAUAUCUCGAAAUCGGCGAGCGGACUUCCAGAACAUCCCGAAUUUAGAGUCGGCGGCAAGCUGCUGGUUCAGUUUGGUGUCUGUCUCCCACUUCCUGUUUUGAAUUCAGCAGCCAAAGCAAUAGAGGAACCAAAUGCCCCUGAAUAGAUUUCCAAGAAAAUAGCAGCAAUGCAUGACAUCGAAAGAGAAAAGGAGAAAAUGCAGCAGCACCAGAUGGACAGACAAAAACACAACUGACUUAUAAAAUUAUGCACAUAACACCCACAUCUAUAUAUACAUUAUAUUAUAUAAACAUGAGAUCGGGUUGAGAAAUCUGUAAAACUUAAAUCGAAUUAAAAUUUUAUUGUAAUGCAAAGGCACAGCGAAACGGAAAAUAUAAUGUUGGAAAGAAAAAAAGCAGAAAGCAAAUACAAAUUACCUACAAUUGAUAGUAAUUAUGCAUAGAGAAAAGUAACGAAAACAA